AUGAGUCGUCAGAAUGCUCCUGAUCGAGCUGUACAUUCCAAAGGGUUCAUUGCGUAUAACUCACUCGGUCCCGAUAGUAGCGGUCCUGUUGACACAAUUCGCGAAGCACGCGGUUUCACAGCGAAGAUGUAUACUAAUGAAGGUAUUUGGGAUUUAGUUACUACCAGUUCGCCUGGGUUCUUCAUUCGAAAUCCGAUUCUAUUUCCCGAAUUGGCUCGUGCGCUGAAACGCAAUCCACAAACAAAUAUGAAAGAUCCCAAUGUGUACUGGAAUUUCGUCGCUAAUCAUAUUGAAACUGUGCAUCAAGCACAUCAUUAUGAUUAA